AUGAGCUUAUUACAUAAAUUUUUGCACCCGGUGAAAAUUGUAUCUGGAUCCGCCGCCACGAAGGAAGAAGUAGUAAUCCACAACAUCAGACUACCCAAACACAGCACGGUCGGAGAUGUUAUUAAUGAACUUAAAACAAAGGUGGAGCUUUCGCAUCCGGAUGCAGAACUGAGAUUGCUUGAGGUGUUUUACCACAAAAUCUACAAGAUUUUCCCAUCAACUGAAAGAGUUGAGAAUAUAAAUGACCAGUACUGGACUUUACGAGCUGAGGAGGUUUUGAUGGCGACAAAUCGUAUUGAUAUUCUGGACCAAGCUCUUCUCAGGCCUGGAAGCAUUGAUAGGAAAAUUGAAUCCCCUAAUCCUAAUGGAGAGUCACGUUUUGAUAUCUUGAAGAUACACUCAAGGAAAAUGAAUUUGAUGCGUGGAAUCGAGCUGAAAAAGAUGGCAGAGAAGAUGAAUGGAGCUUUAGGUGCUGAGCUGAAGGCUGUGUGCACAGAGGCGGGCAUGUUUGCACUGCGGGAGAGGAGAGUCCAUGUGACACAGGAAGACUUUGAGAUGGCUGUAGCGAAGGUGAUAGAAGGAAGACACAGAGAAGAACAUGUCUCUGCGUAAGCUCUGGAAGUAGGAAUCUCUUUGUUGUGUGUACUGAAAGAGAUAACGGAAAGCCACAGUUUCAUUUCAACUUUCUAUAUGUGGCAUUGAAUAACUAGGAAGAUAGGGUUUUGUUGGGUUUGGAAGAAGAAUUUGAGGAGAUUUCAGACUAGUGAAAUUAGGGUUUUCUUUUACUUGACAGUCUGUUGUUGGUCCUUGUUCAUUUUGUUUCUUC